UGCUUAACUGACUGAGCCACGCAGGCACCCCAAGUGCGGUCUCUUUUUAAACUGAGAUCUGGAGAUGUCACUAUCCUAGAGAAGUGGUGUCAGGACUCCAACCCAGGGCUUUCUGACUCGAAAGAAAGUCUUCAUCCUUCAUUCUCCCACUGCCCUGCCCCUGUCUCUGACUAAAGUUGCUGUGGAAUAUGGUGCAGCUCAGUGGCCAGAGAGAUCGGAGGUUUUCUUUCACCUCCGGUCCAAACCCUAGCCACAGCUAAGCUGCCUCCUGAGAAAAUAGUAGCUUUGGAAACAAGCAGACUAUUGAAGGGGACUCUCUCCCUUGGAGAAAUGGAAACAAUCUAUUUAAUGGCGAUUUAUAUAAGCUAGAAAGAAAUCACGUACCUGGUUCAAGAUCCCCCUCUCCCCUGCUUCCUACAUCUUAGUGCACCUUUUAGGUUUCCUUAACAAUAGCAGUUUUAACAUUGCUUUUAAUUAGAUGAAUUAAGAAUGUUCUCUGGUGUUUUCACCCCCUCCCGCCCCCCUAUCACCUUCAGUUCCCCAUUGCUGUGAGAGCUGUGAUUGCCAUGGUAACGGGACUCCCAGUUGAGCUUGACUCUCACUGGUCUUUCUGGUCAGGGGAAAGUUAGGGGCAGGCCUUCCUGGUGAACAGAGUUCUGACUGCCUUUCCAGGGGGCUGCCUUAAAGCCAUGAAAAGAGCUAAAAGGCUGUAAGGAGAGCACAAGCAAGCUUCCUGCAGAAAAGCCCAAGUGUGCCCUAGUCUUGCUCGAGAGAGUUCUAGCCUUCCUCCUAAAGUAAGAGGGCCCCAGCAUCCCAAGUUUGCCAGUAUGUGUAAGAGGCCUUCUUUCCUCCCUGUGGUUAACUUGCUUCCGGCCAUAGAAGGGACUUUGUUAUUCUUGGUAACAAAUUUUUCUCCUCGAAUUCUCUUUUCUUCCCUCUUUUCUCCCCCACCCAGAGAGUUUUCAACGUCCUUUACCCCAUGCCUGCCGACCAGCGGAGACAUGUCAGCAUCAACUCUGCCCGUUGGCUGCCCGAGCCAGGGCUUGGCCUGGCCUAUGGUACCAACAAAGGAGACCUGGUGAUCUGCCGACCAGAGGCCUUAAACUCUGGUGUUGAGUACUAUUGGGACCAGCUGAACGAGACUGUCUUCACGGUCCACUCCAGCAGCAGGAGCAGUGAAAGGCCUGGAACUAGCAGAGCUGCAUGGAGGACAGACAGAGACAUGGGUCUGAUGAACGCCAUUGGGCUGCAGCCCCGGAACCCCGCCACCUCCGUGACAUCUCAGGGCACCCAGACUCUGGCCCUUCAGCUGCAGAAUGCCGAAACGCAGACAGAGAGGGAGCUACAGGAGCCGGGGACAGCGGCUUCGGGUCCUGGGGAAGGUGAGGGCUCAGAGUCCGGUGCAAGCGGGGAAGAUGCCCUCAGCAGGAUCCAGCGGCUGAUGGCGGAAGGGGGCAUGACGGCCGUGGUGCAGCGGGAGCAGAGCACCACCAUGGCCUCCAUGGGUGGCUUCGGCAACAGCAUCAUCGUCAGCCACCGCAUCCACCGUGGCUCCCAGACCGGCGCUGAGCCCGCGGCCGUCCGCGCUGCCUCGCCCCGGCCCUCCGCCUCUCGGGGACUGCUCCCGGAGCCUGGGCAGCUGGCAGAGCGGGGCCUGAGCCCCCGGACAGCCUCCUGGGACCAGCCUGGUGCCCCCGGGCGGGAGCCGCCCCAGCCACCCCUGCCGCCUUCCUCCCCGGUCCCCUCCCCUCUCCCCCUUCCCGGCACCGAAGGACCAACCCUGCACUGCGAUCUGACCAGUAACAAUCACCUUGCUGAUGGCGGUGGCAGCGGCCGGGGGGAAGCUGCAGGCCCCAGCAGGGAGCCACGGAACAGGUAGAGACCCAUGUGUGCACUGGUGCUCCCCCUCGAACCGCUGAGCAGAAACCGGACCUCACAGCUGACUGGGAACUGUACGCGCGGAAGAGCUGCGGGCUGCAUCAGGGAACAGGAGCAGGGUGGGGGGGAUUGUCGAGUGAAGUCAGAGGCAGUGGGCAUGAGGCAGUCGAAUGGGCAGGGCUUGCCUCGGGACUAGAAGCUUCCAGGAUCUGGAGCCCAGGGGAGCCAUACUGCUGUGCUCCGUGUGAAUGGAGGAGGAAGUGGGUAUCCCUGCCAUGAACCCCCCUUUCUCCUAGAAACAUGGCUGAAGAGACUCACCCUUGGGCAGAGAGCCCCAGAAGGGUGAACUGUCUUCCAGAUUGGGGCCAAACCAUCCGGGACAGUGGCCGCUGGGGCAGCUUUGCCCUGGCCCCCUGUGGCACGGGUGGGGCCACUAGGAGCCCAAGAGCAGGAGGAGCAGCCUGGGCCCCAGGAACCACCUGUGUCUCUGAGCCUUCCAGAGCUUCAGCCUCUCUUUAUCAUCUUACCCCACAGAGACCACAGCCAGGGGUCAGGCCAGGCUCCCAGAUUCCUGAAGACAGGGACUUCCUGCACUUACUGAUGGGGGACAACCAUGGAGCCAAGGGAGCAGCUUGCUUGCCUGAUACAGGAUGGGGUCAAGGGACGGUGGGCAGGUCCUCACUCAGGAGUGGGGGGUGUAGGCUGGCCAGCCCCCGGGGCUUGUCCACCAAGCUCCUCUCCCCCUGCCCCCUCCCCAGCCCUCAGAGCAGCACCUGUGGGUGGCAGUAUUACAUGAGCCCAGGCCAAAGCCAGCCCCAGGCUGGGGGAGGGGAUGAGACUCCAGGUCAGAGUGUGAGGUCUCGGUCUGUGACUUAAGGUGUUGCAUGUGGAAUCUUGAACUGUACGUGUAGUUUCUAGUGGAGAAAUCAAGGCUCUGAUUAUUUUGUUUUUAGUAUGAAAAUGUGAUUUCUUUUCUGUUUGUAACUCAUCAUAGAAACAUUGUGGUGGGAGGAGAGGGGAUAGUCUGACUGCUAAUGAGGGAAACACCAAAGAUCUACAUCAUUAAAAUGAUGACAUGCCCCUCA